CAACGAGCAAAAUGAAUAACAACCUGCAGUUGAAGUGACGAAAAACUUACCAAAAUGCCGGUGCCUUGUGGAAGUAAAUGUGGCCGUAAUGCUUUUAUGCGGAGGCCGAAAACGGGCGAUGUGCUGUGCAAGGAAUGUUUCUUUCUCGCGUUCGAAACGGAAAUACACAACACCAUCCAACAGGAACAGCUCUUUCGAACGGGUGAAAAGGUGGCAAUCGCGGCCAGCGGCGGGAAAGACAGUACCGUACUUGCCCACGUUAUGAACGUGCUGAACAACCGGUACAAAUAUGGUCUGAAUCUGGUGCUGCUGUCCAUCGACGAAGGCAUAACGGGCUACCGGGACGACAGUCUCAAGACGGUGGCCCAGAAUCGGGACGAUUAUGGGAUGCCCCUGCGUGUGCUCUCGUACCAGGAGCUGUACGGCUGGACAAUGGAUCGAAUCGUGGCGGAGAUUGGCCGAAGCAAUAACUGCACCUUCUGCGGGGUAUUUCGUCGCCAAGCAUUGGACCGGGGUGCUCGGCUGAUGGAGGUGGACUGUGUGGCCACCGGGCACAACGCGGACGAUAUAGCGGAGACGGUCAUCAUGAACAUACUGCGUGGUGAUACGGCCCGGUUGCGACGAUGUUGUGAUAUCAAAACGGGUUCAAAGGAAGCCGACACAAUCCCGCGGGUAAAACCGCUAAAGUACAGCUACGAGAAGGAAAUCGUAAUGUACGCUCACUUUAAGAAGCUAGUGUACUUCUCUACCGAGUGUGUUUUCGCGCCAAAUGCGUACCGUGGCCAUGCGAGGGCUUUUCUAAAGGACCUGGAAAAGGUGCGCCCUUCGGCCAUCAUGGAUAUCAUCCAUGCGGGCGAACAGCUGCAGAUUAAGGGCACGGUAAAGAAACCGGUCCGGGGGAUUUGUGGUCGAUGCGGGUUCGUCUCUUCACAGCAGCCAUGCAAGGCGUGCGUACUGUUGGAGGGAUUGAACCGAGGUUUGCCAAAGUUAGGCAUUGGUAAGAAAUCCAAGGGCGAUCGAAUGGUGGCACUGCAGGAUCAGCAGUUACGCGAAAAAGCUCAUCUGGUUAAAAACGAUUUUUAAAACAAGCGAACGCAACACAGGCAUGUAUUUUGGAAGGAGUUUUUGUCAUCGUGAAAAUAUAUUACCUCACAUUAAUUUCUUUUUUAUUUUCUUCAGCAUCUUUGAGAUUGAGAAAACUA